AUGGUAAAUUUUCAAAAUUGUGAGAAAAAGGAUUUUUUUGAAACGCGACAGAAAAAUUUAUAAUUUUGGUAUAUAAAUGGAUUAUUUAGAAAUAGGGUAAAUGAUUAAGAGUAUUUAUGGAGAAUAUUAUAUGAAAAUUGAUGAUGAUUUUAAACUAAAGAGAGAAAUCUUUGCAAUUGAGCUGAGAAAACAUAAAAGGUAUGAAAAUCAUAUGAAGUUUGCAAGAAUUACAUAUAAAUCGCCAAAGAAAUCUCAAAAAAAUUCGGAAAAAAGGGUGGGAAUAGAAAAUAUUUGAAAAAAUCCUUGUUUAUUAGAAUUCCAUUUGUCAAGCUUACUCCUUCCCUCUUCAUGGGUGAGAAAAACUAUUGGAAAUCCCUAUUUUUUGGGGAGAGCCAAAGCAAAACAUUAUUUUUUCUGCAUAAAAUAAUGACUAUAUAAUGAAAUAUCUUGCUAUUUCUAUUGAAUUUUAACAGUUAGCAUUAUAAAUCAUAUAUUUUAUAAAUUUUAAAUUAAUCAUUGGUAAAAAUAUCACUUUGGAUAGAGCAAAAUUUUUUUAUUUGCUAAUGGAGGGAAAAAAUUAGCGAAUAUGGUAUGGGAAGACAAUGAUGCAGCGAUUACGAUUUGUAAUGGAAAUUUCUUACCAUUUAUUGUCUCUUAUAUUGAUAAUAAAUAUCAAGAAAGCACCAUUACUGACGCUGCAAAAUGCCUAUGCAAAAUUUCUGCACUUGAGCAUAAAUAUGUAAAAUGCUUAUUCCCUCUCCUUGAGCGAACAAAACCAUUAGAAAAAUCCCUAGUUUUCGGUAAAACCCAUCUUCCAUGAGCGAUAAUCAGUAUAGUGAAAUCUCUAGCUAAUUCUGUUUAAUUUAAACAGCUUGCAUUUUAAAAAACAUAAAUUUUUCAAUUAAAGUAAUUCGCUUUCCAGAAAAUGGAUUUUUUAAAUUAAUUUUUUCGCCUAUGGAGGAGGGGAAGUUAAUAAAAUAUGGAGCCCACAAAAAAUUUGUCGGGAUUCUUGACAAAACAAGACCAAAAUCAAAUGAAUUUUGUAUUUGAGCGCUUGGAAAUAUUUCAGCAGACUGUACUAAAUAUCGAGACAAAAUAUUAAGCUUGAACAUAGUCUUCAAACUAAUAAAUCUAAUGUUGGAAAAUCCUGGAAUCGACACAAUUGCUUUAAUUUCAUGAACUUUUUCAAAAUUAACUCGAGAAAAGCCUGCCAUUUCGGCAUCAACAAUUAACUCCUUACUAGGAGCUUGUAAUGAAUUACUGAAAUAUCCUUAUAGAUCUAUAAAAAAAGACACAUUGUUUGCAAUUUCCUAUAUUUCUGAGUAUGAUGAAAUAGAUACAAUAUUUUCAACUGGAAUUAUUUCCAAAAUUUUUAACUACCUUAUAGAUAAUGACGAAUUUUUAUUAUUACCUUCAAUCAGAAUUAUUGGAAAUUUAUACUGCCUUUGGCUGAAAAUAGGACUAUAGCAUUUACUGUAUAAUAUUAUUGAAAUUAGUGAAAUGCAGAAUAAUAUCAAAACAGUGCAGCUUGUAUACACAAAGUUUAUUAGAGAAAGGGAUACUUGAUUAUCUUUGUUUCUCAGCAAAAUCUUCAGUAUCAGCUGUGAGGAAAGAAAUACAAUGAACACUAUGCAAUAUUGCUGCAGGUACUCAAUCACAGGUAAAAAGGCUAAUUGAGCAUAGAAUAAUAUGGAUUUCCAUAGAGUGCUUGGGUGAUUUUGACACAAAAACAAGAAUUGAGGCAAGCUAUAUUUUUGGAAAUAUCGCAAAGUCUGGGAAUAUCACAAAUAUAAAAUUUUUAGUAGAUAAAGGAAUUUUAGGGUAUAUAAAACGGUUCCUUCACACGAGGUCUACUCCAUAAAGACUAUUUUUUUUUGGCCUACUUUUUUGGCCUAAUUUUUUUGGCCUAUCUUUUUUUAGCCUAUUUUUUUUUAGCCUAUUUGGCCCUUUUUUUUUGACCUAUUUUUUUUUGACUUUUUUUUAGCCAUUUUUUUAGCUAUUUUUCACUAAUAUUUGGGCCUAAUUUCAUACUAAUGAUUUUAAUAUAAUUUUUAAUGUGUUUUAAACGAUUUUAUCAACAUAAAAUACACCUUUAACAGAUCUCUUACUCCAUGAAUGCUAAUUCAUUGCUUUUUAAAUUUCGAGAAUUUUAAAUUUAAUUAGGAUUUUUCCACUUAAUUUACUCAAUAUUAAUCGUGUAAGGAAAUACAUCCGUUAUCCAAUAAUUAUUUAGUUCUCUCAGCAGCUUCAUGAAUUAUCCUCGACAGAAAAAAUAGACCAAAAAAAAAUAGGCAAAAAAAAAUAGGUCAAAAAAGAUAGGCCAAAAAAAAAAAUAGGCCAAAAAAAAAUAGGCCAAAAAAAAAUAGGCCAAAAAAAAAAAUAGGCCAAAAAUAAUUAGGCCAAAAAAAAAUAGGCCAAAAAAAAAUAGGCCAAAAGAAAAUAUUCGUUAUGAAAUAGGCCAAAAAAAUUAGGCCAAAAAAAAUAGGCCAAAAAAAAAUAGGCCAAAAAAAAAUAGUCGUUAUGGAGUAGACCUCGUGUGAAGACACGAUAUAAAAACAAAAUUUGAGGCAUAGCGAAUAUGAAUAUUUAGUGAAUUUAUUAGAAUUCUGUUCAGCGUACUUAAUGAUAGAAGACAGGAACUUCAAUUUUCACUACUAUGGUGAUGAAAAUUAUAAAGAGAUGAACAAAUCUGGGUGCUUAGAAGAAAUAGAAAAUCUCAUUAUGAGUAAAAAUCAAAAGGUGCAUGAGCUUUCUUCAAAUAUUCUUCAAGCAAUAUGCAUAUAUGAAGAAGAUACUCAAUUUUGCUGUUAA